AUGAGUUGGGGUGAGUGUUAAAAACCGGUUCUAUUUGGACGAAAAAACGAAGUGUUUGUUUUUCGAAAUCAUUUUUUGUUUUUAUUUAAUUUUGACCGCGAGGAUAGGAAAAUUAAGUGAAAAAUUCAGAUUUUAUUGUGCAUUUUAAUAAAUUUUGCCACCAAACUUCAAAAUGAAAUCUGAUACCUGCAGGUGUUUUAUUCAUCGGAAGUUUUUUUGCAGAAUAUUGGGAUUAUUUUUAGCGAAAAUUCUUAGUUUUCUGAAUUUCAGAAAUCUUCUCUAAAUCCCGACUGAAACACCUAAUUUCUGCGGCCAGUUUUAUUUACACUUUAUCCAAAUUUUCUAACGAAAUUCCAAAAUAUAUCCUAUCUAUCCUAAUCUUUUUUGGUCAGAAAACGAUAUGAUUCCACCACCAACUUCCGAACAAGAUCGUCGUUAUUCUGUGUCAGCACCUUUGUCAAAAGAUGUUGUUGAUGCUUUGAUUGCGUCGAUGCAAAAUAACUUGAAGUUCGAAACGCCUUAUGUUUUUGUCGUUUUUGGAGCAUCGGUAAGUCUUCAUCUAUGUUUUCAUUCAUAAAUAAUCCACAAAAAACUGCCAGAAAUACCCCAUAUACCCUUAUUUUCCAGGGUGACUUGGCAAAAAAGAAGAUCUACCCAACUCUUUGGUGGCUUUUCCGUGACAAUCUUCUACCAGCCAACAUCAAAUUUGUGGGUUAUGCUCGUUCCGAUUUGACCGUUCCGAAACUUCGCGAUUCAUUCGAAAAAUACUGUAAAGUUCGAGAUGGAGAAAAUGAGAAAUUCGUCAAAUUUUUGGAACAUUGUUCGUAUGUUCAAGGAAAAUAUGAUACUUCGGAUGGAUUUCAAAAAUUGAAGCAAUAUAUUGAUGCAUUCCAAACGGAGAGCAAUAAUCGUGAGUUUUUGGGGAAAUAACAUAAUUUGUAGAUAAUUUGGAAAAAUUUCUGACGAUUGCUUUUGGUUCCUAAUUUUUCUGUUAUUUUUGACAACAAAUAUGCUUUGGUUUACUGUAGAUAAAAUCGUCUAUAUUUUCAGAACCUGUGAAUCGCCUAUAUUAUUUGGCUCUUCCACCAGCAGUUUUUAAUGUGGUCAGCACUGAACUCAAGCAAAAUUGUAUGGAUAAUGGGUAGGUUUAUUUCAAUCUUAACCAUAAGGUCCUAAUUACUCUAAUUGAUUAGUAUGUUAGAUUAAGUUUGGCACCAAACCUGACUAUAUUAAUUAAUUAAUUAAUUAACUAUUUUUAGCGAUUCCUGGACUCGUGUAAUUAUCGAAAAACCAUUUGGACACGAUUUGAAAUCAUCUUGUGAACUCUCAAAUCAUCUCGCAAAAUUGUUCAAAGAGGAUCAAAUUUAUCGAAUCGAUCAUUAUUUGGGAAAAGAAAUGGUUCAGAAUUUGAUGGUUAUGAGGUGAGUUUGACUGAAAUUUAUAUGGAAGUUCAUUUAUAUUUCUUGAAACAAACCUCGCUCAAGAACCUGGAACAUUGGGUAAAAAUUGCCCACCAAGGUUUAUUUACAAAAUUUUUAUCCAUAAAAUUGAGCUAGAAAUAAAAAUCGGGAAUUCGAAGUAACUACGACUUAGGUUUUCAAGUAAAAUUGCCCAUCUGGAUUCCAGGCAUUGGGUGAGGUUUGUGGAAUUUUGAAACAAUAAAGAAACAUUUAAUUUUUAAAAUAAUAUUCUCAAAUAUUUUGUUUUAGAUUCGGAAAUCGAAUCCUAGCCCCAUCAUGGAAUCGGGACCACAUUGCAUCAGUUAUGAUUUCAUUCAAAGAAGAUUUCGGAACUGGUGGUCGAGCUGGAUAUUUUGAUACAGCUGGUAUUAUUCGAGAUGUUAUGCAAAAUCAUUUAAUGCAAAUUUUGACACUUGUCGCAAUGGAAAAACCAGCAAGUUUGAAUGCCGAAGAUAUUCGAGAUGAAAAAGUAAAAGUGUUGAAAGCGACCAAAAUUGUUGAGUUGAAAGAUGUUGUUGUUGGACAAUAUAUUUCGAAUGCUGAAUGUUCGCGUUAGUUUUUUUUUCAAGGAGAAGGGGUUGGCCAGAAUCAGCAGAAAACUUUCUAAAAAUUAAAAAAAACCGGGAAACCUAUGUCCAAACACUGCAAUUCGAAAAAUCUUUUUUUCUUUCCAGAUCCAGAAGCAUCACAAGGUUACAAAGAUGAUCCAGCAGUUCCAGCGGAUUCAGUCACUCCAACAUAUGCUUUAGCAGUUUUGCACAUAAAUAAUGAAAGAUGGGAAGGUGUUCCGUUCUUCUUGCGAUGCGGAAAAGCUUUAAAUGAAAAGAAAGCCGAAGUUCGAAUUCAAUUCAAAGAAGUCAGUGGAGAUAUUUAUCCAUCGGGCGAAUUAAAACGAAGUGAAUUAGUUAUGCGUGUUCAACCAAAUGAAGCUGUUUAUAUGAAAUUAAUGACCAAAAAACCAGGAAUGGGAUUCGGUGUUGAAGAAACUGAAUUGGAUUUGACUUAUAAUAACAGAUAUAAAGAAGUUCGACUUCCUGAUGCUUAUGAGAGACUAUUUUUGGAAGUUUUCAUGGGUUCCCAAAUUAAUUUUGUACGAACUGAUGAAUUGGAAUACGCCUGGAGAAUUCUUACACCAGUUCUUGAAGAACUUGAAAAUAAGAAGGUGAAACCGGUUGAAUAUAAAUUCGGAAGUCGUGGACCGGUUGAAGGCGAUGAAUUGAUGAAGAAAUAUGGUUUUGUAUUUACUGGAACUUAUAAAUGGGUUGCACCCAACAAAUUGUAA